CGGCGAGUUGGACCUGCGGGCCGCGGCCGAACGGAUCGCCGGCGGCUCGGGUGGCUCCGGCCGCACAGCAGCUGAGCCAUGGCGGGCUGCUGCGCCGUGCUGCGCGGCUUCCUGUUCGAGUACGACACGCCGCGCAUCGUUCUCAUCCGCAGCCGGAAAGUGGGGCUCAUGAACCGCGCAGUGCAGCUGUUCAUCCUGGCCUACGUCAUCGGGUGGGUGUUUGUGUGGGAAAAAGGCUACCAAGAAAUGGACUCUGUGGUCAGCUCGGUAACUACCAAAGCCAAGGGCGUGACUGUGACCAAUACCUCUAAGCUGGGAUUCCGGAUCUGGGAUGUGGCUGAUUACGUGAUUCCAGCUCAGGAAGAAAACUCCAUCUUCAUCAUGACCAACAUCAUCGCCACCAUGAACCAAACACAAGGCCUCUGUCCUGAGUUUCCAGAUGAGUCCACCAUGUGUCAAUCAGAUGCCAACUGUUCCGCGGGCUCUGCCGGCACCCACAGCAGCGGAGUUGCAACGGGAAGGUGUGUGCCUUUCAACCAGACCGUGAAGACAUGCGAGGUGGCAGCCUGGUGCCCGGUGGAGGAAGACGAGCAGGUGCCAAAUCCUGCUUUUCUAAAUGCUGCGGAAAACUUCACCCUUUUGGUUAAGAACAACAUCUGGUACCCCAAGUUCAACUUCAGCAAGAGGAAUAUCCUUCCCAACACCACGACCACCUACCUCAAGUCCUGCAUUUACGACCCCCUCACGGAUCCUUUCUGCCCCAUUUUCCGUCUGGGGAAAAUAGUGGAGUACGCGGGACACAGCUUCCAGGACAUGGCUGUGGAGGGAGGCAUCAUGGGGAUCCAGAUCAACUGGGCCUGCAACCUGGACAGAGCCGCCUCCCUCUGCCUGCCCAAGUACUCCUUCCGCCGCCUCGAUACCAGGGACAUGGACCACAAUGUGUCCCCCGGCUACAAUUUCAGGUUUGCCAAGUACUUCAAGGACCCGGGUGGCACCGAGCACCGCACACUCAUCAAGGCCUACGGCAUCCGCUUCGACGUCAUCGUGUUUGGGAAGGCUGGGAAAUUCGACAUCAUCCCCACUAUGAUCAACAUCGGCUCUGGCCUGGCACUGCUGGGGGUGGCAACAGUGCUCUGUGACGUCAUUGUCCUCUACUGCAUGAAGAAGAAGUACUACUAUCGGGAGAAGAAAUACAAAUAUGUGGAAGACUAUGAGCAGGGCCUUGCUGGGGAACAGGAGCAGUGAGACCUCCCGGGGCCCUCUGGCACCGUUAUCUAAGCACAUCAACAAAGGAAAAAAAGAUCACCCCAGGUAGAAUAUCCCAGCUUUGGAUGCAGGCUCUACUUCCCCAGAGCCUGAAGGUGCCUUUGUUUUGGGGCGCAGGGUUUCCAUGGGAAGCAUGGAAGGUCACCUCCUGCCCUGCCGGGUGAGCAGGCAAGCCCUGGCCCUGGGACGUGGGAGUGUUGUAUACCCAGGCCCAGCGUCUGCAGAAUCCCCCACAAUCAUCAGACAGUGACAGGCCGCGCUACUUGCCCAGCUCAAGCACUUUAGAUGGGAAGGAAGGACCCUGCGUGUCACCUCUAGGUUGGUCACCUGUGUUUUGCACACUGGGACUGCUGUUCCCCGCCCCCCACAAAAGUGAGCUGCGACACUGUGCCUACAGGUGCUAUAUCACCUGGCGUUUCGGCUCCCAGGACCUGGCUGACUUUGCCGUCCUGCCCAGCUGCUGCCGCUGGAGAAUACGGGAAGAAUUUCCCAAGAGUGAAGGCCAGUAGAGUGGCUUCAAGGACUUACUGAUGGCUCAGGCUGGGCAGUCAUUCCUGGAGCCUUUGCCUACACCUUGAGCCUCACCUGCAAAGGUCUGUGGCCAAAUUUUCAGCCAGAGGGAAGUGUACGUUCCUCCCACCUCUCUGUAGGAGUCAGAGAGCUGAGUCCUGGGAAAUCAGACAAACCAAGGGUCCUCAGCAUGGACCAUGAACCAGGAGAUUUAGAUUUGGGUCUCGGCUCUGUCCCUAAAAAGUAAUGUGAUCCUGGGCUUUUAACCGCUUUACCUCACCUUCUCACCAGCCUACUAUCUCCCCGAGGCAUUGAUGGCCAACACUGCACUUUCUCCUUAAUGCAUAAUGAGGAAAAUGAAUGUCAGACUAGGAAACUAUGAAAAAAGCCCCCUAGGUCCUGUUUGCAGCAUGCGGAGGACUAAAAAUGGCCCCAAGUUAUUUGACGCAUAUCUCAGGACCCGAGGUUAGGUCGGCCCUUGCAUCAGUGCAGCUUUGACUGCUCUCUCCAGUUGUGCAUUGACAUUGCACUACUAGGUAAAUUGAGCCUUGGAGGCCCCCACUUCCUGGCCCUUGGCAGCCUGGCUGGAAAGAAAGCCAGCCCCCAGAGAUGAGUAUGCCGAUCUUGAGACAGUCCUGAGCAGAGGACAGAGAGCCUGGAAGUCACAUGGAGAGAUGUCGGACCAGAUUUCAGGAACUUCCGUCUCUAACUUGACCACAAUUACCAAGACAUCUAAGAGGACAACUUGGACACACAGAAUGAAAUUAUUUGGGGGGGUUGGUUUUGUUUUUUUGCCUUUUGGGGGGCCACACUUGGCAGUGCUCAGGACUUAGUCCUGGCUCUGCUCUCAGGGAACACUCCUGGUGGGGUUCAGGGGACCAUAUGGGUGCUAGAGAUUAAACCCAGGUUGGCCUUGUGCGAGGCAGUUACCCAGCCCACUAUAGUAUCUUUUGGAUCCCAUGAAAUCUUUUAAGCCACUACUUUUUAGAUGAAAAUGUUAAAUAGCAACAGAUAACUACAUAGAGAGGAGAUCUGAUGGUGACUCUGCCCAUAAUUUUCCUGGUUCUAAGUCUGUCCAUCCUUAGGGGCCCUGGGUUUCUAUUUGGUAAUUCUAGAAAGGCUGAUGGCCAAAUCAGGUAAAUUCACUCUUCAGCCUGCAAUCCAUCAAAUCUCACAGCUGAGUUACCCAAUACAGUGCAACUUGCGUCACAUUCCUAUGGUGGGAAAUAACUGCUGCUGUUAGAAACUGCAAAGUUUAGCUUUGUGCCUUGAAUAAACCUAGAUGGGUACUUGAAGAGUAGUCCCCCCCAACCCUUAUCAUUUCUCUACAUCAGCCACUAUGAAUAUGUAAAUGGGUAUUUGUAAGCUCCUCCCGAAGGAUUUCCUUUUCAUAAUUGUGAUAAUAAACUUCACUGUAGCAAUUAUUUUGAAGAAUAGAGACCACUAUUCAAUAUUAUAUAUGAUGCACAAUCUGUGAUUUCCCCCCCAUACUCUUAAGGUUUACCAUUUUGAUACAUUAAAAAAAAAAACACUAUUGGGGACUGGAGUGAUAGCACAGCAGGUAGGGGGUUUGCCUUGCACCAACCCGAGUUUUAUUCCCAGCAUCCCAUAUGGUCCCCUGAGCCCCGCCAGGAGUAAUUCCUGAGUGCAGAGCCAGGAGUAACCUCUGUGCAUCGCCGGGUGUAACCCAAAAAGAAACAACAACAACAAAAAAAGAAUUCUAUGUGAAUAGUAUAGAUAUUUUGAUGGCCUCUGAUGCCAGUGCAUUUGUUGCCUCAUAGAAUCCUAAAUGGAGUAUGAAUCUCAAGUGACAAAAGAAUUCCUUGAUCUACUUGAAGACUGCCUGUCUUCACCUUCCCCCAGAUGCUCUGGGUGAAUGGGGGAUGUGUGAUGUUAACUGUGUAUAAAAUGCCUGAUGCUUCCACAACAACACGUCAUAUUUGUAUUUUUAGUCUACUGCUUAAAAUAAUAUUGCCACAGGCAUCCCAUGGAGAAUCAGGUUUUGUGGGUUUUUUUUCUAGUACUCCAGUUCACUCUUCUGACUGGUAGCUAGCUGUUCAGCAACCUCACAGCUCAGCAUCUGCUCAACACCUGACCGCUUCCUUGCUUGCUUGCUUGCUCUCACUCCUCUGACCUCAUGGAGAGAUGGGAAUGGACUUGCCUUUUUCUCUUCAGAGGGAAUGCUUUAAAAGACCUUCCUAAUGUCUUAACAUGACUUUUGAUCAUUAAAAAAAAAAACACAU